GAGGAGAGGAGGAGGCGCUGUGGCGCUCCCUCCGCCCCCAAGAUGGCGUUGGCGCUGAGGGCCCGCGCGGGCCCGGCCGCGGCGCUGUGGCGGCUCCAGAGCCGGCGGCGCAGCCACUUCCCCUAUAUCCUUUAUCUGCCAUCUCUAUCCUUUCCCCCUUUACAUUAUUAAUCACCCCUACCCCUUUUCCUCUGUCCUGUUUUCCUCUAUCCCGUUUUCCUCUCCCUUAUAUCCCCCCUCCCUAUCCUAUCCCCUUUUUCUCUCCUAUAUCCCAUAUAUUCUCUGUAUCCACUUCCUAUAUAUCCUUUAUCUGCUAUCCGUAUCCUUUUUCCCUUUACGUUAUUAAUCACCCCUACCCCCUUUCCUCUGUCCCAUUUUCCACUCCCGUAUAUCCCCUUUAUUCCUUAUAUCCCCUUCCUUUAUAUCCCCUCUCCCUCUCCUGUCCCCUUUUUAUCUCCUAUAUCCCCUAUAUUCUCUUAUUAUCUGCUAUCCCUGUCUUUCCCCCCUUUACAUUAUUAAUCAUCCCUAUCCCCUUUCCUCUGUCCCAUUUUCCUCUAUCCCGUUUUCUUCUCCCCUAUAUCCUCUAUAUUCCUUAUAUCCUCUUCCUUUAUAUCCCCUCUCCCUAUCUUAUCCCCUUUCUCUCUCCUAUAUCCCCUAUAUUCUCUGUAUCCACUUCCCCUAUAUCCUUUAUCUGCCAUCCCUAUCCUUUUCCCCUUUACAUUAUUAAUCACCCCUGUCCCGUUUUCCGUUAUCCCAUUUUCCUCUCCCUUAUAUCCCCUUCCCUUACAUCCCCUCUCCCGUCCGUCCCUUCCAUCCUUUCCCAUCCCGCUCCCGGUGCCGAUGCCGUGUGCCCGCAGCUCGUUCGACGUGGCCGUGGUGGGCGCGGGGAUCGUGGGCCUGGCCGCGGCGCGGGAGCUCGUGCAGCGCCAUCCCUCGCUGGCCUUCGCCGUGCUGGAGAAGGAGCCGGAGCCGGCCCAUCACCAGAGUGGCCACAACAGUGGUGUGAUCCACAGUGGGAUUUACUACACUCCUGGCUCCCUGAAGGCCAAGCUCUGCGUGCAGGGGGCAGCCCUGUGCUACAAAUACUGUGACCAGAAGGGGAUCCCCUACAAGCAGUGUGGGAAGCUGAUUGUGGCUGUGGAACAGGAUGAAAUUCCAAGGCUCAAAGCUCUGUAUGAGAGGGGGCUGCAGAACAAUGUUCCAGGGCUGAAACUCAUUGGAGCCAAGGAAAUCCAGGAGAAGGAGCCCUUCUGCAGGGGACUGAUGGCCCUUGAUUCUCCCUACACUGGCAUUGUGGAUUACAAGCAAGUGGCCCAGUCCUAUGCCAGGGACUUCCAGGAAGCAGGUGGGACAAUCCUGACUGGUUUUGAAGUCACAAACAUGGAGAUGGCCAGAGAAAGUUCUGCAGAAAGUGAGGAUGGGCUGAAAUACCCAGUCAUUGUUAGGAGCAAAAAGGGUGAGGAGAUCUCCUGUGGGCACGUUGUGACCUGUGCAGGGCUUCACUCGGACCGCCUGGCCGGGAUCAGCGGCUGCAGCCCCGAGCCCAGGAUCGUCCCCUUCCGGGGGGACUACCUGCUGCUAAAGCCAGAGAAGUCUUACUUGGUCAAGGGAAAUAUUUAUCCUGUCCCCAACCCUCGUUUCCCAUUCCUGGGAUUCCAUUUCACUCCCAGGAUGGAUGGCAGUGUCUGGCUUGGCCCUAAUGCAGUGCUGGCCUUUAAGAGAGAGGGCUACAAACUCUUGGACUUCAGCCCUGGAGACUUCUUGGAUGCUGUGACCUACAGUGGGCUGUGGAAGCUGGUGCUGAGGAACGUGUCCUACGGGCUGGGGGAGCUGUACAGAGCCUUUUCCCUCAGUGCCCAGGUGAGGCAGCUGCAGAAGUUCAUCCCUGAGGUCACCACCAACGAUGUUCUCAGGGGUCCCUCUGGUGUGAGAGCCCAGGCCCUGGACAGUGAGGGCAACCUGGUGGAUGACUUUGUGUUCGACGGGGGCUCGGGGGCCGUGGGCAGCAGGAUCCUGCACGUCAGGAACGCUCCUUCCCCCGCCGCCACCUCCUCGCUGGCCAUCGCCGCCGCCAUCGCCGACGAGGCCCAGCGCCGCUUCCAGCUCUGAGCCCGCCGGGAACCCCGCCGGGAAUCCCGCCGGGAGCCCUGCCUGCUGCCCCUCCGCAGCCUGGCACUCCUCCCGAAGGACACAGAGCAUCAGGCAGUGCCCCAGCAGCCCUGGCAGUGCUGUGUGCCCACGGCUCCUGGGGCGGCACCGUGGGGAGGGUUUGGCCGGAGCAGGAGCAGCCAUGGCUGAGCACUCUGUGAGGGGUUUUCCACCUGGAUUUGCUGUGCAGAGCACAUGGAUCUCUCUGUGUGGGGUUUUCCACCUGGAUUUGCUGUCCAGAGCACAUGGAUCUCUCUGUGUGGGGGUUUCCACCUGGAUUUGCUGUGCAGAGUGUGGUGGAUCUCUCUGUGUGGGGUUUUCCACCUGGAUUUGCUGUGCAGAGUGUGGUGGAUCUCUCUGUGAGGGGUUUUCCACCUGGAUUUGCUGUCCAGAGCACAUGGAUCUCUCUGUGUGGGGGUUUCCACCUGGAUUUGCUGUCCAGAGCACAUGGAUCCCUCUGUGUGGGGUUUUCCACCUGGAUUUGCUGUGCAGAGCACGUGGAUCCCUCUGUGUGGGGUUUUCCACCUGGAUUUGCUGUCCAGAGCACGUGGAUCCCUCUGUGUGGGGUUUUCCACCUGGAUUUGCUGUGCAGAGCACGUGGAUCCCUCUGUGUGGGGUUUUCCACCUGGAUUUGCCAUGCAGAGCACAUGGAUCCCUCUGUGUGGGGUUUUCCACCUGGAUUUGCUGUGCAGAGCACGUGGAUCCCUCUGUGUGGGGUUUUCCACCUGGAUUUGCUGUCCCUGUGCUCAGUGCUGCCUCCUCAGAGGGGUCUGGAAAUCCACGAGUGUGGGGUGGCUCUGUGAGGGCUCUGAUUCCACUGAAGUUGGAGUGUGCAGCCCUCUGGAUGACAUGGAAGUGAUGGAGCAGAAGGAUGAGCCCUGCUUAAGGGCCCUGCUGAUGUGGAAUUCAAGGCUUUGGUCAGAGACUGAGAGCAAUAUUCAGAGCCUUCAACAUGAAUGUAGAGUAUUUCACAGAAAAAUAAGCUUAAAGAGGGUUACCAAACCCAAGUCAAUUCAGAUCUGCAAUUCAGGUACUCUGUCUGAUCACUGUCUGUAUUUUUUUAUAGAGCAGAAAUCAAAAUAUGGGUACAAACAAUCACUUUUCAUUUCAUUUACAGCUGGGAAGUCAGCACUGAUCAGAACCUUCAUCAGUGCAUUUGGGUUUCUUCCUUGGAAUGCUGAUGAUGCAAAAGGAGCUGAUCUUUGUCCAGCCAGUUGAGCAAUCCAGGGAAAAUGGUCUUUGGAGCAGGAAACGUGAAGGGAGGGCAGCUCCAGAAACCUGCCUUGAGUCAUGUUUGCUGUUGGAGCCUGAGCAGGGAUGAAUCAGGAAGGUUUCCCAUUUUCCCUGAGCACAGGAGGGGCUCACACAGUGCUGGUGACUGCUCUGAACUCCCUGGAUACCCAAUUUUUAUCAGAGACACACCUGGAGGAGUCUGUGUGCAGGGAGAGGUGAGGGAAACUCAGUGCUGAGCUGAGCACCUGGGAGUGUCCUGCAGAAUUGCUGUCAAGCAGAAUUUUGUGGCCUCAGGGACAAAGUAUUGAGGAUUUAAUAACAGCUCUGGGUAGCACAGAUAAUUGUGGAGAGUUUGAACCAGAAAAUUGGACAUUAAUUUUUCCUUUAAAAGUUCUUUUCUGAGCUUCUCUGAUGGGAGCUAGGACAGGAGGGCAGCUCUGAGGCUGAUUUAACUGUAUGGAUUGGAGACACUUUUUUGAGGGGAAAAAGGGCUUAAUCUGCCUUUUUUUAUUAUUAUUAUUUUUCCUUUUUUUUUUUUUUUCCCUGGUAACAUCUACUUUACCAGCAAAUUGACUGCUGGAAAUCCAAUACCAACCCUUUCAGAGCAAAGUUUUGGUCACUUCAGGCAGAGAUUCAGCUGUUCCAGCUCUUCCAAUGCACAGGGCUGUGUAAAACUUCCCACAGUGGAACCAUCCUGUCUUCCCUCCCUGCCAGAAGUGUUGCCUAUCAACAGUAAAUCCUAAAAAAGGAUUGCAAAAGCCACUUCCUCCCACGUGGGGUGUGGCCCUGACAUGUAUUAACAGAAUAAAGAACAUUAAAAUGCAAAGCAGACAGAGACCAGGGGGAGUCCUGAGUCAGCAUUUCCCUGUGCACUGCUUUUUCCUCUCAGGUGAUGAUUGACUGGGGGUAAAGUUUAUUAGAAAAUUAAAUUAUGAACCUUGAUGUGGCAUUCUGUGAAAUAGAAAUAUUUUCAGAGAUAGAAGUUUUACACUUUUGUUAUAAAAGUAAGUUCAGAGAUUAUGAUACCAGGGUUUCAGGCAUCAAUCUUGUUGCUCACAAAGUGUGAAAAUGUAUUAAUUUAUUUUCCAAAUAAGCCUCACUUUGAUGAUUUCAUAAACGUGCCUUUUAUGAUUAAAA